CUUUUCACUUCACGAACUCCAUAGCAGAUACGUCUUUCUUCCUUCCUUCCUUCCCCUUCCCAGCUCCCUCCCCCUCCCCAUCAUAUAUAGAGAGAGAUCGAAGUUCCCCAUUUCUCUCUCUCAUCAAGCAUAAAGCCAAAGCAAUGAAGAAAUUAAUUUUCUCUGCAGUGCUCUUCUCUUUAAUUGUUCUUCGUAUCAUAAGCUGCUCGACUGCUCUGAAGGAAGGACAAACAUGUGUAGCAGACAGUAACUGUGAUUCAGGGUUGCACUGCGAGACGUGUAUAGCAAACAGAAACGUACGGCCGAGAUGUACUCGAAUCCAACCUAUCAGUCCAUAUUCGAAGGCGAAGGGGUUGCCGUUCAAUCGGUACUCGUGGCUGACAACCCACAACGCGUUCGCGAGGCUUGGAGAGAAGUCAGCUACCGGCGCUGUGAUUCUUUCUCCGACGAACCAGCAGGACUCCAUUACCAGUCAGCUCAACAAUGGUAUUAGAGGGUUAAUGCUUGAUCUGUAUGACUUCAACAAUGACAUCUGGUUAUGUCACUCCUUUCGUGGCCGGUGCUACAACUAUACAGCUUUUCAACCUGCCGUUAAUGUUCUCAAAGAGAUCCAAAUUUUUCUCGAGGCAAACCCAACUGAGAUCAUCACCAUUUUCAUUGAAGACUAUGUUACAUCGCCAAAGGGCCUGAGCAAGGUGUUUGACGCUGCUGGCCUGAGGAAAUACUGGUUUCCUGUUUCUGCAAUGCCAAAAAACGGUGGAAAUUGGCCAACACUAGAUAAUAUGGUCCAGAAAAAUCAGCGUUUGGUGGUUUUCACUUCAAAAUCAGCUAAGGAGGCUUCUGAAGGGAUUGCCUAUGAGUGGAGAUAUGUGGUAGAAAACCAAUGUAAGUCCUUUUACAUCUUCUUCUAUCUCCUCCUCCACUCUCAGCUAAUUAUGAUGGGGUUUUCACUUGCAGAUGGGAAUGGCGGGAUGAAAGCCGGGUUGUGUCCGAACCGAGCAGAAUCAUCUUCCAUGAACACAACUUCAAGGUCUCUUGUCCUAGUGAACUAUUUUCGAGAUGUUCCAGAUGUAACUCAAUCUUGCAAGGAUAAUUCAGCUCCAUUGCUUGACAUGGUGAACACCUGCUAUAAAGCAGCAGGAAAACGGUGGCCUAACUUCAUUGCUGUUGAUUUUUACAAGAGGAGUGAUGGUGCGGGUGCCCCAGAGGCUGCAGAUGUGGCAAAUGGUCAGUUAGUUUGUGGAUGUGGAAAUAUUGCCUAUUGCAAGGCAAAUAUGACUUUUGGAGUAUGUGACAUUCCACAGGCUGCUGCUGCCCCUGCACCAGGAACAGUGGCACAUGACUUUGGCUCUGGUUAUUUAAAUAGCAAACCAGCUCAAUUGCAGUGGCUGUUGGGAACAGCUUUUGUAGCCCUUCUCUUGUCAUUGUGAAAAUAAAUUUGCUGUCUUUCUGCGUUAAUGACAUGAAAAAGAGAAGGAAUCUAACCAAAAAGUUAACCCAUCUGGAGUAGUGUUGAAUGGUGCUCAUGUGAUGAAUUACUGAGAAAAAAGAAGAUUUAGCAUACUUUUGUUAGUACAGCUUUGUCAGAUUGGUGGCUGUCAAGGAGACCACUUCAACUGUGGUGGUUGUAAACCAAGGGUUUUGUUGGCCUUUUCUCUUGUCAUUUUGAAGUUCUCUUUUGUGUUUGCUUUUCUGCAUUGAAAUGGGGGGAUGUGUCCUUCAAAUUCAAAUUCAAAUUAGGAAAUCGCUUCUAUUUAGGAUGGGGGUAUCAUGUGAUUCCAUCACGGGCAUUCGGCAGCUAGUUAGGUCGUGGGCCGUUGGACUCCGGGUGACUCAUGAUGGGCCUUUGGGUCCAUCGACAACCAGGCCCAUCAGUAAUUGGGAAAAAUUAUCAGGAGAAAGCCCCAACCCACGGUAGUUCCUACAUGUAAGUCCCCAUGUGUUGGGUGGGCUAU